AUGUCGUUAGAUCAUCUGUUCGAUCGUUAUGAACGUGAUGGUUUUGUUAUUAUUCCUGAUUUAAUUGAUGGCGAAGAAUGCAAUAAACUUAAAAUGGAAGCUCAGAAAGUAUUCGCAGAAAAAGCACGUUCUGACGCAUCUGUUUAUGUACAUGCUUCAGUUGCAAGUCCACUAUUUACACAAUAUCACAAGGAUCCUCGUCUGGUGGCUAUUUUGAAGAAGAUUAUGCCGGAUGGUGUUAUGUUUUUAAGCGAUAAAAUCGUCGUUAAAACAACUGAGAAAACAUUCGCCACACCUUGGCACAUGGAUCGCUUCUAUUGGCCUAAUACACGUCCGAAACUUUCUGUUUGGAUUCCAUUAGAUGAUGUCAAUGCCGAGAAUGGUACACUUACUGUAGUUCGUGGUAGUCACAAAAAAGAUUGGACAAUGAUAAACAAAGGUUUACCAAAUGGUGAAUUUAUCUAUGAAAUAGCCGAUAAUGAUAUCAAUCAGGAUGAUGUGGUUACAUGCGCGAUCAAACGUGGUAGCGGAGUCUUCUUUCCCGAUAGACUUGUACAUGGUUCCACGCAAAAUCUUGCACGCAAAGAUCGUUAUACAAUUAUAAGUACUUAUCAUUCACCUGCAGAUGAUGAAAAAUUUGAUCUUGAUUUUCCUGCACGUGAAGUGCUUGUUCCAGUGAACUAA